AUGUCUAAGACAGUACACAUCGAAUCUACGGCGCAAUUCAGCUCGUUGAUUGCCUCCUCCAAAAUUGUCGUCGCAGAUUUCCACGCAACAUGGUGUGGCCCUUGCAAACAGAUCGCGCCAAUGUAUGAGCAACUGUCUGCUCAGCUUUCGAGACCCCAAAAAAUUACCUUCACGAAGAUUGAUGUUGAUCAACAACAAGAACUCGCAGGAUCCUACGGGGUUACAGCGAUGCCAACCUUCAUGAUAUUCAAAAAUGGCCGAAGCAUACAGACUAUUCGAGGCGCUGACCCUAAGCAAUUAUCUGCCGCAGUCAAAAAGCUUGCAAACGAAGCGGAAGCAGCAGGAGACGCAGGCAAUGGUGGCUUCGCAGAAUCCUCGGGAGACUCAUUCUGGGUGGCGUCGGAGCCUGCCAAAGGAUAUACCAAUGUCACGGAUCAGGUCGAUAUCAAAGGGUUAGAGCUUCUGAACUUCGAUGGCGAGUUUGGUAAUGUCCGAACACUAUUUGACUCUACGAGGCCAAAAGCUCUGGAUGGUGGUAAACCUUCGACCAAAGAUUGGGUCGAGAGCGACACGGAUGAUCAACUCAUGCUUUUUGUUCCCUUCCAAUCUACCUUGAAGAUACACACGCUCCAAAUUACCUCUGUGCAAUCGAACGGCGAGGACGAGGAGGCACCCAUGCGACCGAAAACAGUGCAAAUUUACACGAACCGAUCGCAUAUCCUAGGAUUCGAGGAAGCAGAUGACAUAACCCCAACACAAUCAAUCACACUGCAAGCUAGAGAUUGGGAUCCCAAGACAGGCACAGCAAAGAUAGAACUACGAUUCGUCAAGUUCCAGAAUGUGUCUAGCUUAGUGAUCUUCGUUGUUAAUGGUGAUGGGGAAGGGGAGAAGGUUAGACUUGAUAGAAUUAGAAUCAUUGGAGAGUCUGGAGAAAAGCGAGAUCCUGGGAAGCUGGAGAAAAUUGGAGACGAUCAUGAUUGA